AUGGCAGCAGCACCCGAGGUCUGCCCCUGGCAACGGCACUGGGACGACACUGGCACCGUCUUCUACUACAACGAGAACACUGAGGAGUCAGAGUGGGAUGUCCCGCCAGGAUGGGAAGCCCACUUCGCCGGUCUCGACGAAAAAGCCAGCGGCGGUGCCGAUGGCGGAGCCAAUGGCGGAGCCAAUGACGACGCUGGUGGUCGCGAUGGUAGUGCUGGUAAAGCAUACGAAGCGGAGGAUGUGGGAGGGGCUGACCAGCGCCAAGUGGACGAUGCGGAGGGCGCGCAAGCCCUGUUAGGCCUCUCCCAGGCUUCUUCCGGGGACCAGGGCGAGGAAGCCUUCGUUGCGGUUUCACCCCCUGAUUCUCCAGCGGAAAAAGAGGAGAAGCGAGAAGGGGAGGAAGGCUCGAGGGCGGGGUCAUCCACUGAAGACAGCGACAACGACUCAGAGCAAGAGUACUACCCGCAAUCGCCAGCGGAACCGGUGGAGAAGGUCGAGGAGGGAAGGCUUAACCUUUCGCCGGUAGUGGCGGAUGCGUCCGCUGCCGGAGGUUACGACGGCACCCCCUCCCCUCACUACUCCCCCGAGGACGAAGAGGAGGAAGAGGAAGCCAGGUCCUCAUCGCCACGGUCCCCAUCCCCGUCGCGGGCGGACGGGUCCUCCACCGCUGCAAGUCGGACCCGCGGCAGCAGCAAGGACCAGAGGAGCCACAGCAACCAACCUUCCCCGUCGCCGGAGCUAGGGCUGUCGUUCCCGGCGUUCGGCGACGACUACUCUCCCAACCACGACGCGGAAUGGCAGGUGAACGAGGAGGAGGAGCUGGAAGGGGGCAAAAAUUCGGCAUCGCCGAACGAGAGCGAAGCGUCCGCGGUCGGCGGCCUGUCCCCCGUUGUCGAGAGCGCCGGGGGCGCUGCUGCCGGGGGCGGUGGACAGAAGCAGGGGUUGAGGAAGGCGGGGGGGAAGGGGAAGGAGAACUCGGUGGAGGACGGGAAGCCGCAGUACUCGGAGGAAGAGAUGGCGAAGAUGGUGAAGAGCGCGGAGAGCAAGAUCGCGGAUUGCGAACGUAGGUUGGAGGAGAGGGACGCCAUCAUGGAAGUCGACUUCACCGCCAGAGUCGCGGCCUACCAGAGCGCACGGGAACGGCUGCAGCACUUGAAGGGUGAAGCGCCCAAUAGGCAGGCGUUCCUCAAGGAAACCCGUAACGCCAGCGUGAAGAAGCUCAUCGCCGGGUACAAUGGCUACGCACAGCAGGCGUCGAUGGUGAACGAUUGGAUACGCGUGGCGACAAAGGGGGACAUAGAUACAGAGAGCCUGAUGCUGCAGCAGCUCAAGAAGCUAAUCAAGACCAACUUUGACGCGAAAAAGGUGGACACGCUCCUCGACUCGAGCAUGCCCGCCUGGCUGACGGCCAUGCAGGACGACACCGGCUGGAGGCGCACCCUGAUAGAGCUGGCGAGGGAGCACAGGGCCUCCGCCCUCCUCCGCUUCGUGCUGAAGCAGCUCAGCGACAUGGGCUACCACAGGGAGAUCGCUUCGGUCAUAAGCGAGACUGACCUUUUUUCGGUGUUUAAUGGGGUGCUGAAGGAUGCCCUGGCUAGAAUACCCGCGGACGACGAGGUGCAAGCGACGGAGGCACUGGCGGACCUCAAGCGCAUGUGCUGCAGCACUUCUUACAUGUUCAUGUAUUCUCAGCAACUCCUCAUCAACCUGGAGAGGGCGGCAGAAGAGGAGUCACGACAAGAGGCCGCCGCGGCGGAAACCGCCAAUAGAUUCAACGGAAGCGGCAGCGGUAGCCGCAAGCGGGGCAGAGAGGAAACCUCCCCGUCGUCUACAGCGACAGGGGUUUCCACUCGAAAGGAAGCCGACGGCAGGGAUGGAGGGGAGACGGGACGGAACUCCGCGGCGAGAAAGUACAAGCGGCUUCGUCAAGAGCUCGCCAAGCACAUGUACGCCGUGGGCGGGAGGGCAGACAACAACUCUUCCUCACCCGAUGGGGGUCGCGGCAUGGGCGCCUUUAGCCUGAGCCGCAGCAUCAGCGGCGGGGCAGGCAUUGGCGGCGGAGGCAGUAGUCGAAAUGGGUUCGGCAGAGGGGCCGGCGGCGGCGGCGGGGCAGAUGAAGACGGCGCCGCCUCAGCGGGAGCCCCAACCGGCGGUUUCCUCCGUGGCGUAGAGAUGGCCCUCUCUCUAGAACUCCCGCGACCCUCGGCUGGGGCGGCGGCGGCCGUGGCGGUGGCGGCUGAGAAAUCGGCGAGGGCGGCAGCGGAUGCGGUGGUUUCGCUUCUGGGGCAGGCCGGAGGUGGCGGCGCACGGCGGGCGGGGGUGCUGUUGGAUGCCGUGGACGGACUUGUGUCGGCGUUUGGGCUAAAGCCGGCGGUGAGGGUGGCCGUGAUCGGCGCAGCAGCGGUGGCGGUGGAAUUACAAGCCGCGGAGAGCGAGCAACCCAAGCGGCGACCGCCGGCGUAUUUGGUGCGGCAUCCCACGUUGAUGGACAUCCUCCUGGAGGCUCUCUUCCACCCUGCACAUCGAUGUCCUUCGGAGGACCUGAGGGCGGGGUGCUGUGCCAUUCUCGCUUACGCGAGUUGCGUAGAGGUGCCCCCGCUGGACACCAACAACGAUGGCAGCAGCAGCAACGGUGGUAGUCUUGGCGGGGAGGCGAUAGAGGUGAUAGACCUUGUGGAACUCGCGGAGACGUCGCACGCGCUCCUGCAGGCGGCCGGGGAGUGUUUCGAGACGUCACAGCUCGCCUCCCUUCAGGGGCGGCUUCGACCGUUUGCCGAGCACCCGCUGGUCAGCCUCGGGGUCCUCAAGUGGGUCCACGCGCAGGCGUCCACGGAGUCGUUCGUGUCCACGCCCUCCUUCUUGUCGUACGCGCCCGUGUUCCUGAAGCUUUGCGGGCAGGCGGCGGACGAGCACCCCCCGCAGCGCCCGGAGGCCUUCGAGAUCUUGAAGCUGAUGCUGAACGCGCGCACGGCGCCCGACACGCCUCCCGCCGCGAAGGCGAAGCUGAAGCAGCACAUCUUGCUUCGCAUGGCCGAGCUCGUGGUCAAAGGAUACAUGCUCCCUGUUUUCGAGUACCUCCGCAAGCUGGCUGCGGGCCCAGGCCUAGACCCUGCUCUGAUCGGCUUCUUCAUGGUGAAGAUCGUCGGUGUGGCCAUCCCGAGACCGGUGGCAAGAGGGGGGAACGCCAACAGCUACUCCCCGGCUUUCCUAAACGCGAUGGCGGGCCUCAUGGGGGUCCCGCGAGUGAGACAGGCGCUGAUAGCGCUGAGGCCGGUGGACAGGGAGCGGUUCGCGGGCUACGCCCGGUACUGCCUCAAGUUCCAGCGCGAUGACCUGACCCCAGAGGCACUGGAGUGGAUGAAGCAGCUGCAAAUCGGCCUGGAGCGAGCGUGAAGCGGAAGGAAAACAAGCCGCCAUGCUCGGUCUGGUGUUUCGACCUGCUUCGAUAGCUACUACACUUCGAUUCAGCCGACUGCCCGGGCACAACGGCCUGCUGCUGUCAUGUACAGCUAUCGUGUUCUCGACCUGUGCGGCUCCCCCGCCCCCUUCCCUCCCCACCCAAGAGUCUGCCCUGGACGACAGAAAAAGCGGCGCGUGGGUUGCUUCGAGCAGUCAAUGUUGUCGAACCUCAACAGGAGUGAUGAUUCCAUUGUGUGUGUGAAGUGGCAUUCGUAGUUUUUGGAAUGCUCGUGUUCUGGAACAUUUAGUGUGAUCUAGGUGCAGGCACAGGCUCGGCGUUGUCUGUGUCGAUGCGGCAUUCGUUUUUUUAUCCAUUGUGAGUGUGUG